AUGGCAGGAAAGAGAAAAAGAGCAUCUGCGGCAGAAAACGACGAAGACUACAGUGGCGCUGCUGAGGAGGAAUCCAGAGACACUCAGGAAAGUAAUAAGGAAGAACCAUCUGAGAAAGAGGAAGAGGCUUCCCCAAAACCAAAAGAGAAGAAGAAGAAAACUAAGAAGAAGGAAUCAACAGCCUCGACGAAGAAGGCUUCUUCAUCAGCCGGGAAGAAGUCAACCACAGCAAGCUCCAAGAAAGGAUCAAAGCCUGUCAUCAAAUCAGAGUCAGAAGCAAGAAAUAUGAUACUAGAGUAUAUGAAGGCUCAAAACAGACCGUACUCUCUUCAACAAGUCAUUGAUAAUUUGGGAGGCCAAAUCAAAAAAGCAAUGGCCACAAAGUGUAUCGAUAAGCUUGAGCAAGAAGGAGAGUUGGUAUUGAAAGCAAAUGGAAAGCAAAAACUAUGGUACCGAAAUCAAACCGACCUUGAGGUCUUGUCCAAAGAGGAGCUGAAGGAAAUUGAUAAUGACAUUAAGGAUAUUCAGAAAGAUAUUGCUGCUGUCAAGUCAGACAAUCAGAAGCGCGCCUCUGAACUGGCCAGAAUUCAGAAAGCACCAACCACGGUACAGCUUGUUUCUAUUGUGGCAACACAGCGCGAAGAGCUUGCUGCAAAAAAGCAAAAAUUAGAAAAGCUUGAGAGCGGCUCUAUUCAAUUAGUGUCUCCUGAGGAAAAGAAGAAGGCACUUGUUGAUCUUGAUAAGUACUUGAAGGAGUGGAAGAAACGAAAGAACCUUGCGAUGAGCAUUUUCGACAGCUGCAGCGAGACUUGUGAAACCAAUCCUUCUGAAUUGCUGGAAGAAAUUGGAAUGGACACUGACGAAAGCGUGGGUGUUGAUAUGAAAACCAUGGGACGCCUUUAUUGA